AUGGCUUCCCUUCCGAAUCACCACGUUUUUCUCAGAAAACUUCUGUCCAAGAAGGUCCUCAUUAUCGGUGGUACCACCGGUGUGGGAUUUUCUGUGGCUCGUGCUGUGCUUGAAUAUGGAGGCAUUGCGAUCAUUUCCGGUUCUACGCCGUCUCGUCUUUUGUCAGCUGAGGACAGUCUGCGAUCUCUAUACCCAGAUAUCCCUGCGACUCGAGUCGCUGGGAAACUGGCCAACCUGUCAGACCCGGCCACGUGCGAAGCCCAGAUAGUAGACCUGCUCGACUAUGCCGUCCAGGCUGGGAUCAACGACCAACGGAUCGACCAUGUUGUCUUCACUGCAGGGGAUACCUUUGCGCUCGUCCCACUCAAAGAGUCGAGCGCGGAAAACGUCCUUAAGAUAGCCCAAGUUCGAUAUACCGCAGCGGCCAUCCUAGCGAAGUACCUGGUGGACGACAAAUACAUCGCAGCUGGCCCGGAGGCCUCGUUGACUCUUACUGCUGGUUCUGGAGCUACAAAGCCUUUUGGACGUGAUUGGGCUCUCAUAGCAGGCAUGGGAGCUGGUAUGGAGGGUCUUGUCCGAGGUUUGGCGAUUGACCUUGCGCCCAUUCGUGUAAAUCUCGUCGUCUUAGGUCUUGUUGAAACGGAUAUGGUCCGGGAUCGGUACGGGAAGGACGGUAUUGCCUAUAUGGUAAGUCAGACACUAGUCGGAAAGGUUGCAAAGCCGGAAGAUGUCGCAGAGGCGUAUUUGUAUUGUAUGAAGGACCAAUUCGUGACGGGGAAGGUGCUUAGCACGGAUGGCGGUAGACUUCUAGUUUAG